AUGCGCGCGCAUCCGUCUCAAGGCCACGCCUACGUGGAGUUCGAGAAUCCGGAAGAGGCUGUGAAGGCGCUCAAGCACAUGGACCGAGGGCAAAUCGACGGCCGGCGGAUCACAGCCACAGCCGUGCUGACCCCCCCGGCCCCAGCCACCCCCAGGCGACUGAGCCCUCCCCGGAGAAUGCUGCCACCGCUCUCCACGUGGCGCAGGCUGAGGAGGAGCAGGUCGCGUUCCCCUUGGGGCAGGUCCCCCGAGCGCCGGCUACCCCGCUACCCCCGCCGCCCCCGUCACUGGAGCGGCCCAAGCUCCAGCUCCUUGCGAAGCAAUGAUGUCAUUCUUGACUACUUACAAAUGAUGAUGUACCUAACCCUGUUGGGUGGACAAGUUUCAGGGACUCUGGACCGAUUUCUGGGUCAGGGCAACAAGCUUGCUAGCAAGUCAUUUUCAGAAGAAAAUGUUUCCAAAGAACGUGUUCCUUCUUAA